AUGACAUAUCUUCCCUCAUUCCACUUCAUUGUGCUAUGGUUGCUAUGCCACACACUAAUAUUUAACAUUGGCUCAAACCCAUUGACUCCAUCAACAAGGCUGACAUACACUUCACUUUUCAUCAGACAAACAGAGAUUCCACACUACACUGCUCCAAACGCUGGCCCUAAAAGGGCCACAACGCCCCUAUAUGGCUCCAGAGGCUCUGUUGGCACUAGCAUCAAAAGUCUCAGAAACAGGUCGGACCCCUCUAAGGUGAUCAGGGACGGCACUGUGAUUGACUCUGGCCCCGGCACUAACUUCACAGUUUUACUCGACGAGUCCAACAAGAAGCUUAGAUGCACUCUCGCCGGUAGGCUGUACUUGAACAAGGUGAGGAUAUGGAACAAGUCGCGCGUGAAGGUUGAAGUGGACUUAAUAUACCCUGAGAUCGGCAGAAUAGUUGACCGGUACGCACAGUUAAUUUAA